AUGACUACCAAACACUUAAAAACAAAUGAUGUUUGGAAUUUGCCUCAAAAUGAAAGGAUUAUUGUACAUUGGAAUGAGGAAUAUCAACCAAUUGGAGAUGGUGGCGCAUUAUUGAAUCGAUUCUUGGGAAGUAUCGCUAGAAACUUCAAGGUAUUCCCUAUUUGUUAUUCUUCUUGGAAGAAGAUUCCCAAAAGUUACAAAGAAGACAUGAUUCAAAAUACCAUUCAAACAAAGUUUGAAGUGAAUUCUGAUAUUCAAAUCAAUUACAUCUUGAAAGCGCUUAAUCAUAAAUGGAGAGAUUGUCGGCAAGAAUUAUGGCAACAAAGAGAUGAUGGGACGCGAACUAGAGAUGAAUUGAUUGCCAUGGCUCCAGAAGGCAUAGAUAGAGAUCAUUGGGCUUCUUUUGUUGACUAUCGACUUGAUGAAAGAACAAAGGAAAAAGAGUGUGGGCACAAAGUUAGCAGAGGAGAAGUUUGGAUAGCUACUCAUAAGAAGACCAAUGGAGCUUUUAUCAGUGAUGAGGCAAGGGAAAUUAGUGAAAAAAUUCAAACAUAUGAAUCUACAACAUCGUCUCAAUCAAAAGAAAUAUUAAGUUUAGAUUCAUUAGCUCAUGUUUUAGGAAGCCAAGAGCAUUGUGGACGUGUUCGCGGUCUAGGUUUGGGUCCUUGCCCAUCUAAAGUCUUUGGAGUCCAUGCUCGUUCUCAUUUUGGAUCAUCUUCAUCUACUCCUUCUAAUGUUGAAUUACAAGCUCAGGUAUCUUCAUUGACUUCUUCUAAUGUUAAAUUAGAAUCUCAGGUAUCUGAUCAAGGGAGUGGGUCAAACAAUAAAUGUAAUGAAGAAGAAAAUUAG